AUGGCCGCUGCGGGCGCGAGGUCGCAGAAGCCGGUCGGCUCGGCUUCCUGGAUUGCCGCCGAAAAGGAAAACGUCGUCAAUCUGGUGAACCAGGAAUUGGAGGAAGUUGAAUAUCCUGUGCGCCAUGAGAUGGACUGGCUGAAUGAACAUAUGGCCGAGAUCUUCUCCAACAACCACUUCAAUUUCAAAGAAGCUUUUAAAACCCCCGGGAAAUUACGCGGCAAGACCCCUCGCACAAUCCGGAAGAGGGACCCCAAUGAGCAUCGUGUGCCCUUGAGCCAGAUCUUCUCCUCCUCUCAUAACCGCACGGAGGAUAAACUUAAUUCCAGCCCGGGCAUCCACCGCUCCCCGACCAAGGCCAUCACCGCACCGAGCCCCUUCCCUCCCCCGUCGGCCGCAAAGCCGACAAGCAAGCCGGAACCCGCGUCGCCCCUCAAAGAUGCGGGUCGAACCCAUAAUCUCAAUUCGUUCCAGACCUACAACACCGAUUCGGGGUACCAUGGCAUGUCGGACCACGAGGAUGAUAGUGGCGUGGAUGAAAAUGAAGAAGACGACGACGACGACGACAUGGUCCUGACACAAGUGCAGCCGGAGUCCCAACCAGCCACCCAGCCGUUCGAGGAAGAGCCCGUUGAGCCCGUUGAACCCAUUGAGCCCAUUGAGCCCGUCCAGAAAGAUACCCAGCAACCGCGCUCCUCCAUGGACCUGGACCGCCGCACCUCGAACGCGUCGUUCCACUCCGCCCAGGAAGAAGUUCGCCAGCGUGGACAGACCGCCGAACCGAUGAUCCUUGACUCGACCCCGAAACAAACUGACGUGCAAUCUCCCAAACCACAGCUCGCUCCGGAGGCGCCAGAGUCCCUCCAGAAGCCAGAGCCAGAGGUGAAGCCUCAGGACCCGCCCAAGCCCAAGGCUAGAGGACGGCCACCGAAAGAACGCCCGGCCAAAGCACCCCCAGCGAAAGAAACCUCACCCGAAGAACCGUCCGAAAAACACCCAUCCAAGGAACACCAAUCAUCAAAAGAGCCCCUCGCUGAAGGGCCAUCGGCGGUCCAGCAACCGAUCCCAGAACCGGCGCCUGAAAAGGAAGAGCCCACCAAGGCGGUCUCCCCAUCACCUGUCAAGGCUCCAGUUACCCAGGCGCGCGAGUCCAUCCACGAGAACGAGACUGAGUCCAAGGAUGAGAUGGUCUUGGAUAGCUUUGACGACAUCGGCUCGCCUUCGGAUGGGUCUACCCCCGAACGACCUCCCGUCCGCAAGAGCAGCCUGAGUUUCGCCUCACUGCCGGCCCGAGAGCCGCUGAUGAAGAAGAGCCUCGGUGGAUCAAGACUCUCUAGGACGAGCUAUGUUGACGUGCCCAAAUUGACCAAUGCCGGACCAUCGGGCUAUCUCGGUCGGCAGACGGGCGGGAGCAAGGCGGCCCCGGCUGCUUUGGACGACCAACCUACUAACAAGAUGGAUGUUGACGAUGACAAGCCAACCGGGCAGGAGGAGUCUGAGGCGGACGCCAGGGCCAGCAAAAUCCACAACAAAUCCUCCACCCAGAGGCUGCAUGAGAAGAUCAGCAUGCUUGGAAAGCUCCAGCCGUCUCGACCCACCAAGUCCAUUCCUUCGGUGCCCGGAUUGUCGGCCCAGGUGUCCUACCCCGAACUUCCCCCCGCCAAGGCCGAGGCGAAGCCAGAGACCACGACCCAGCAAGCGCGCUCCACGCCCGCCCCGGAGCCCAAGGAUGCUGAGGAUGAUUGGAUCAGGCCCUUGAAUUCGCCCGCCAAGCAACUGGUUCCGAACAAACAGACUCUCGCCCCCGCCAAGACCCCAUCCGAAGGACAGCGCCGUGGGGGAGAGGAAGACAAGGCGCCCGCGGUGAUUACUCGCGACCAGAGCGCGAGCAAGCCAGAACGGCCCGCAUCCGUCGCCAGAGAGCCUUUGGAAGGCACCAGGGGUCGCUCCGCAACACCUCUCUAUUCGUCUCCACAGCGCCCGAGCCAUAAGAAGAGCGCUUCUGUGUCGAUCCCCGACGCUCACACAUCGACCACCCCGACUGGCUCCCCGGGGCGCCGGGACGGUCCAUUGAGCGCGUCGAAGAGCAGGUUCCAAUCCAUCGUCCGCUCGGCCAAGGGCCUAUUCACCAACGCGGGCGGUGUUUCUGGCGCCGCCCGGAUGGAAGCAUCAUCGCCCAGUGACCCCAAGACACAGCCGGACCCGACCAAGGCGGAGGCUGGUGCGGACAAACCGAGACCACAAUCUGCACGUAUUGCCAGCCCGCCGCGCCAGGAGGGUCGCCGGACUCGGAGCUCCACGGAACGAGAGGAGAAGCGUCGACAGCGGGAACUCGAAGAACGCGAGGAAGAGGAGGCGGAGCAGGCCCGGACCCAGGAGAAGCAGAGGGCGUUGCAGCUCAAGGCCGCUCAAGAAAAGGCGGCCAUCGAAAACGAAGCCCGUGGACCACCCUCCCCGCACAAACCGCAGGUGCAAAAGCAGCCGUCCAAGGAGCCCGACACCACCCACGACGUUCCUUCGAAGCUUCCGACUCAGAUCCCCAUGUCGCAACACCAAUCGAAACAGAACGAGCGUCGGCCAGUCAAACCGGCUCGCGAUACGGCGCAAAAGCCGAAGCCGCAGCCGGUGUCGAUCCGUGUUGGCAGUGCUCUUUCGCGACAGAUGCCGUUGGCUUCCGCUGCUGAGUCCAAUGUCCCCGUGCCUCCGCCUUCCGCCUCGAAGCCGCCCACAAUCAAGAAAAAGGCAAGCAACCAAUCCUUGCACACGGCCUCGUCCAACAGUAGCUUCAAGAGCUCCGUGUCCAGCCAGACCCAGAAGAAAGCACAGCUUGCGAGCGAGCGGAAGAAGGAACAAGAGGAACGGGAGGCCCGGCGCAGGGAGGAGCAGAGACGGGAGCUGGAACGUAAGCGGGCUGCGGCUCAGCAACAGGAAGAGACCCGUCGCCAGGAGAUGCGCAGUCGCAUGGAGGCGGAGCGACGAGAGCGACUUGGCGUGGAAGAUUCCAAGAAGGCCGCUCACAUGCAAGCGAUCGAGAAGCGACGAUUGGAGAAUGCGCGCCGGAUGGAACGGCAGGGUAGCCAGCAGCCCAGUGAUAGGACCUCGACCCUCCAUCACGAGCGCCCGGCGUCCCAAGCCACCCAAAGAGGCGAAAUGGGAACGGCCCGGCCUGCUUCCCGUCUGGGGUCGAUCCAGACGUUUGGUCGGUCCAUCAACCCGCCGCAACCGAACCCGGCCAAGCCCCCGAAGCGAGGUCUGGAUGAGGAGGCGAGCCACCGACCUACAGCACCGAGACCUGGUAACAUUCCCUCGGGCGAGGUCAAGCGGAGGAGAACAGAGGACGAGCAAAACCCCGUGAUGCGCCCGACGAUGGCCCCGCCCAUCCGCCAGUCGAACAUUCGCAAGGAAUCCAAUAUCCGCAAGGAACCUACCAAGUCUUCUAUUUUCGGGCAUGGCCCGUCUAUGGCCCACCCGGGGUCAUCCAUGCUCAACAAGCCCGCCCAGUCGCAGCGACCCGGAGGCCCCAUGGAUAUGGCCAAGUAUGCCAGCGGCAAGAUCCCCUUUGCGGAGCCGUCGCAUGGACCGUCGCACAAGACCCCCGUUGCCUCUUCCUCCCAGAAGGCCCCCGCCAAGCCGUCUCCGCAGUACCCCAACGGGGAGAACGUCCAGUUGCCGGAGAUUGCAACGGACAGCGAAGACGAAGACUCAGACUCGGACAUGGUGCCUGUUCCCAAGUGGGCGCAACCCAGGGAACUGGAAUCGCUAUUGCGACAGCAGGAGGGUAUGGAGGUCGACUCGAUCUUCGGCCCGAUCGCACCUUUCUCUCUAGAGGAGACAUUCAAAGCUGACAAGAAGAUCAAGAAAUUCCGCGACCGCACCAGCAGCGCAAAUUGGUCAGGGGCAGACGGACUGACGCAAGACGAGAUCCGGCGCGAUCUGGCCGAGCGCCAGCGCUUGCGACUGAACGGGGGAUGGAGUUUCAACGGGAACUAG